AUGUCUAGUCAAAGGGAGACGGGCAUAUCACUCAAUCAUGCUCCCGACGGAGUUGGCUAUAAGCUAUUAGAAUUACCCCCUGAGCUACUUACACUACUAGAAUCAGAUACGCCUCCUGUUUUAACACUAGAGUCUUCGACGAAUUCAGCAAUAUUAAAAAAUGGUACUCAAUCAUGGGGUCUCCGUCAGAAAAACACAUCGAAUGCUUUAAUCUUACUUAAGACUUCCGAGGGAACAACCCCUUCGUCUUCAGAAGUACAAGAAGCAAGCUUAAAUGCUAUCGCAACAAUCCACGAUACAAUCGAGCUUGCCCCGGAACUAGCAGUGGCAGCACCUCCUGUUGCAAAGGGCAAAUGGCAUGAGAGGUUUGCCCGGGGAAGAUAG